AUGAGCAUUUCAAUUCCAAACGAAGACUCAGAGAAGAACACAGAGCUCAACGGCCUACAGAAAAUAGCGACACCUCAGGAACAGGUCUUCGAUCAUGGCAUGCUCUGCUGGCUACAAGUUGUCGGAUCAUUCGCCGUCUGGGCGAACACAUGGGGCCUUGCUAAUGCCUAUGGAGAGUUCCAGGUAUAUUGGGAGCAGAGACUGCUACAGCCAGCCAGCCAGAUUGCAUGGAUCGGGAGCAUUCAAUCUUUUCUGAUUCUCUUCAUGGGCUUCCUGACGGGAUCCUUAUUCGAUGCUGGAUACUGUCGCUCACUUCUCAUUGUUGGAAAUCUGCUUGUGGUACUGGGCAUGAUGCUCACAAGCAUCUGUUCCGAGUACUGGCAGAUCAUCCUGUGCCAAGGCAUUGUCACCGGACUCGGCUUCGGCUGUCUGUUUACUCCAGGAGUUUCUGUGGUAUCGCAAUACUUCGUCACGAAGCGCCAAUUCGCCAAUGGUAUCGCUGCUGGAGGAUCUGGCUUCGGCGGCGUUGUUUACCCAAUCGUCCUCCAUCGACUGGCUCCUCAGAUCGGUUUCGAUUGGGCGGUCCGAGUCGUGGCCUUCAUCACACUCUUCUUUGGCAUCGUGUCAAUCGCCACUCUCAGAAGCCGACAUGCUUCGGGAAAGAUGCGAAGCGUGAUCGCUCCAGGCUUUUUCAAGAACACACCCCUCGUGCUGUACUCUUUCGGCCUGUUUUCGAUCGUGGUCGCGCUCUACAUCCCGAUCGUAUAUAUCAGCAAUUACGCCUUGACUUAUCACAUCACCGAUCCGAAUCUAGCAUUUUACCUCGUUCCCAUCCUCCAAGCUGCGAACAUCAUUGGGAGACUGGUGCCGAACUUCUUUGCAGAUUGGACCGGACCUAUCAAUAUGACCAUUCCCGCCAUGAUCGGAGCUGCGAUUGUAGUGUACGCAUGGAUUGCGAUCCGGAACCAAGCAGGACUUUUGGUAUUCGCAGUCAUUUACGGCAUUUUCUUUGGUACAAUCCAAGCACUCGGUGGUCCUUGUAUCGCGUCUCUGGCACCUGAUCGCAGAAAUUUGGGCCGCAGUAUGGGCAUGUCUUUCGCGAUAGGAUCGUUUGGUGUACUCAUCGGUACUCCAGUCGGAGGCGCUAUCCUCGGGGAAAACGACAAUUUCGUCGCGGUACAGGCUUUCACAGGAAGCAUCUGUGUUGUCGCGACAUUCUUCUAUCUUGCAAGUCGGAUAAGCAAAGCGGGGCUGAGAUGGGAGAAAGUGUGA